GAACAGCCUGCGUUAUAGAACAGGAGACAAGGAAUGCACCAAUACAACGUUAAAGCGCCAUUCUCACUCAAGGCAGAACAGCAAAAGGGAAAAUUAUUCUCUUCCUCUACUCAGACAGUUCAGCUAAAGAAUUCGAGCAAGUGUUCCCUGGGUUUUAAUGCAAUUAUCUAUCGAUGUUUACACGGAUCUGCGAUUUACACGCUCAUGGAAAGGUUCUGGGAGGAUUGUCUUUGUCCAGCAGGUGACUCUCGCCUCCCGAUCUCAAACUCCAGCCGUAACUGAGUAGAGAAGGAGCGGGUCGAUCGGAGCUAGGUGACCAUGGUUCUCAAGAUGAUCUGACCGCCAGUCCCUGGAAUAUGCACGCCUGCCGGCCAGCUACACCACGUGUCCUGCAACGGCAUGGUGACAACUUUCAAAAUAGCAAUCCUUGGAGCGCAAGGCGUUGGGAAAUCGGCAAUCGUGCACCAAUUCCUCUACAACGAUUACAGUGAUCACUAUCUGCCCACAAAAGCACGCCGUGUCUAUUUGCCUGCCGUGGUCAUGAACGAGCACGUGCACGACCUACAGAUAAUGGACUUUCCGCCCAUUCCCUCCUUCCCAGUCAACACUCUGCAGGAAUGGGCGGACACGUGUUGCCGGGGAUUACGGAGUGCUCAUGCCUACGUACUGGUUUACGACAUCUGCUGCUUCGACAGCUUCGAAUACAUCAAAACAAUCCGGCAACAAAUAUUAGACACAAGGAUGAUCGGGACAAACGAGAUCCCCAUCAUUAUUGUCGGCAACAAGCGGGACUUACAGCGGGGACGCGUCAUUCCCAGGCGGAACGUCUCCAACCUCGUGAAGAAGACGUGGAAGUGCGGCUACAUCGAGUGCUCGGCCAAGUAUAACUGGCACAUCCUCAUGCUCUUCAACGAACUCUUAAAGACGGUUGGGUGCGUGCGCUGCCGGCACGUGCACGCUGCCAUCCGCUUCCAGGGAGCCCUACGGCGGAACCGGUGUACGGUCAUGUGA